AUGGAUUUGUUUUCUAGAGAAGGGUUUUCCAAGUUCAACAAGAUCUACGAAUACGAUUACCAGAUGUUUGGCCAGGUAAGAGUUUCCUUUCAAUCUGCUGCUGGAUUAAUGAAAUUGCACACUGUUUAUCCUGUGUUUCCCAGGCAUAGCUGCAACCCUUUAGCUCUUUUUGAUGCUGAAGUUGAGAAGUAUUGCCCUGAAAAUUACCUGGAUAUCAAGAAAACCCUUGAACGAGAAAUCCAGCAGUGCCAAGCCCUGGUGAUCUGGACUGACUGCGAUCGGGAAGGGGAGAACAUCGGCUUCGAGAUCAUCCACGUGUGCAAAGCUGUAAAGCCAAACCUCCAGGUUUUCCGAGCCCGUUUCUCGGAGAUCACCCCUCAUGCCGUCAGAUCAGCCUGCGAGAACCUCACCCAGCCGGACCAAAGAACCAGCGACGCCGUCGACGUCAGGCAGGAGCUGGACCUCAGGAUAGGUGCUGCCUUCACCAGAUUCCAGACGCUGAGGCUGCAGAAGAUCUUCCCUGAUAUUUUAGCAGAUCAGCUGAUCAGCUAUGGUAGCUGCCAGUUCCCAACGCUGGGAUUUGUAGUUGAACGCUUUAAAGCCAUUCAAGCCUUUGUUCCUGAAACCUUCUACAAAAUUAAAGUGACCCACAACCACGAAGAUGGCAGUGUGAUCUUCAACUGGAAGAGGAACCGGCUCUUCAACCAUACGGCAUGCCUGGUCCUUUACCAAAUGUGUAUGGAGGAUCCGGUGGCGACUGUUGUUGAGGUUGUGAGCAAGCCAAAGAGCAAAUGGAGGCCCCUGCCCCUGGACACUGUGGAACUCGAGAAGUUGGCUUCCCGCAAACUGAAAAUAAAUGCAAAGGAAACCAUGACAAUAGCAGAAAAACUCUACACUAAAGGGUUCAUUAGCUACCCCCGAACUGAGACCAACAUUUUCCCCAAGGAGCUGAACCUCUCUGCCUUGGUACAACAGCAAACACAGGACCCAAACUGGGGAGCAUUUGCACAGAGAAUUUUGGAUCAGGGUGGGCCAACCCCUCGGAGUGGAACCAAGUCCGAUCAGGCUCAUCCUCCCAUUCACCCCACCAAAUACACCGCUAACCUGCAGGGCAAUGAGCAGAGACUCUACGAGUUCAUCGUGCGCCAUUUCUUGGCUUGCUGCUCUCAGGAUGCCAAGGGGCAGGAAACAACUGUGGAGAUCGACAUUGCCAACGAGCGAUUCAUUGCUCAAGGGCUAAUGAUCCUGGCCCGAAAUUACCUGGAAGUCUAUCCUUACGACAAGUGGAGCGAUAAGGUUAUCCCAGUGUAUCAGAAAGGGUCUCGCUUUCAGCCCACCACGGUGGAGAUGGUGGAUGGGGAAACCAGCCCUCCAUUGCUCCUCACGGAAGCGGAUCUCAUCGCUCUCAUGGAGAAACAUGGCAUUGGGACCGACGCCACUCACGCCGAGCACAUCGAGACGAUCAAGACGCGGAUGUACGUGGGCCUUACAGCAGAUCAGCGGUUCCUGCCCGGCCACCUGGGCAUGGGGCUGGUGGAAGGCUAUGAUUCCAUGGGCUACGAAAUGUCCAAGCCUGACCUUCGGGCUGAGCUGGAGGCUGAUCUAAAACUGAUCUGUGAGGGGAAGAAAGACAAAUCUGUAGUGUUGCAGCAGCAGGUCCAAAAGUACAAGGAAGUCUUCAUUGAAGCUGUGGCCAGAGCCAACAAGUUGGAUGAGGCCCUGGCUCAGUAUUUUGGAGAAGCUGCAGAGAUUCCAGAGCAGGAUGAGGUGUACCCAGCAAUGCCCGUUUCCGUUCGGAAGUGUCCCCAGUGCAACAACGACAUGGUCCUGAAGACCAGGAAGAACGGCGGGUUCUACCUGAGCUGCAUGGGCUAUCCAACCUGCAAGACUGCAGUCUGGUUCCCUGAUUUUGUGCUGGAUGUGACCAGGGAUGAGAGCAUCUGUGAUGUGUGUAAACCCCAUCCGGUUCACAGACUGAAGUUUAAAUUCAAGAGAGGCAGCGUUCCGCCCGUGAUGCCCCUGGAGUUCGUUGGCUGCAUCGGGGGCUGUGAUGAGAUGCUGAAGGAGCUCUUGGACCUCAAGUACUUACACAGACCAUCCCAACCCACGUCGUCAGCCGCCCAACCAGCGCAGCACCUGCAGCUCAACCACUCCUUGAACAGAGCCAGCAGUGAGAACAGGCAGGGGAGGGGGACCACAAACCCGGCACGGGGACACCUGCUCUCCGUGAUCUCCAACAGAACAUCCAGGGAUGCUCCUCUGGCCGCUGUGGAGGAUGGGAGUAAUGCUGUGGUGUGCAACUGCGGGACCGAGGCGCUGCUGCUCACCGUGCGCAAGGACGGGCCCAACCGCGGCCGGCAGUUCUACAAGGCCGUGACACGCACCGUGCAGAAGGACGGGCCCAACAAGGGCAGGCAGUUCCACACCUGCCCCAAGCCCCGGGAGCAGCAGUGCGGCUUCUUCCAGUGGGCAGAUGAGAACGUGGCACCAGGUCCUUCUGGAGAUGUCUCUUUGAACAACUUUGGCAGCAGUGAAUACUCAAGAGGGUUGGGAAGCAAAGCCAAGAGACCAGGCAGUUUCUCCUCAGGAUCCACUGCCAAGAAACCACGGACCUGUAGCAUUUGCCACCAGCCUGGGCACAAUAGGAAAAACUGCCCUCAGAACCACUGAGCUGGGAUGGACCCCUGAGAGCCUGAAAGGACCAGGGUUGUGAGCUCCUACAGGAGCAUCUACUGCCACAGGGAACUGGAGUCUGGAAACAAGUCCCUUGAGUGUUUUUUGGAAGAGCUGGUUGCAGGCUGCUCCUGCCAAGGGAUGCCAUCCAUUACAGCAAGGGUUCCACCAGCUUGGAAAAGUGGUUCUACUACCAGUGUCAGCUUUUGUUUUCAGCUGCUCUUCUGCUGAGCAGAUUGGGAUAGUCUAAACAUUUCAAGGAAGCACUUGGAUGCUGAUUCUGCAGAGAGGACUGUGCUGAAUCAUCCCCCCUGCACCAUCCCGGUGGUUGUACCAGCAUUUCCACAAGGAAGAGCUGGACUGGGGCCAUGAGGACAGACACCAGGGCUGCUGAGCUCUGCUCAGUCCCUGGCUUUCCACAGUGUGGAAUUUAAGUUCCCCUCUAAGUUGAUGUUACCAGAGCACCAUUCCCCUUUUCUGUUACCCUUACCUGGGGCUGUCCCUGCCAGUGAAGGAGGGCCAGGUGCUUGUCCUGAGGGAAGCUCAGCUGCAGUGCUCAGGAAAAGCCUUCAUUUUAGAUGUUCACUGGAUUUGAAAGGGAGUUCUUCCUCAAACUUUGAGACAUGCCUUUGUGAUGCUGCUAGCUGAUGAAAACUAUUUUUGUCAAACAAGUUUCUUAUUAAAAUACUAUUUAAUUUUUAAAUUUCCUGUGGUGA